UCCUAUAAAGGUGAUCGUAAGGAAAAAAAAGCUAAUAUUGAAAAAAAUAUGGGAUUAAGUCACUCUUCAACUUAUCAUUCUUCUCUUAUGAGGAGUGUGCCAGAAUCUGGUCCGGUUAUUGUCGAACCACAUUCAGAAAUAUACCCGCGUUUACCAAUUGAAGAUUUCAUUGGCUACGAUAAUGAAACAUACAGCUCACAAUUCGAAUUGUUUGUUCAAAGUUAUCAAGCGAUGUAUGAUCGUCCCUACACCGAUAUGCGAUCAUAUUACCAGGUAGCUGGAAUCCAUUCACAACCUUGGAUACCCUAUGAUGGAGUUACUGGUACUCACGAAUAUAAAAAUGAGACGGAUUGGGCAAGAGGUCGUUGGGGUGGAUAUUGUCAUCAUGGAGAUGUUUUGUUUGGACCUUGGCACCGACCUUAUGUACUAUUGAUAGAAUCACUAUUAAUUAAUGAGGCAAAGAAAAUUGCUUUACAAUACCCUGAGAACGAAAGAGAAAAGUAUGUUGAAGCAGCAAAUCAAUUACGCCAUCCCUAUUGGGAUUGGGCUGAUGAAAAGGCAAUAAAAGGCAUUCCGGAUGUAUUCAUAGUAGCUGAACUCGAAAUAAAUACACCAGAAGGCAUGAAAAAAGUCAAAAAUCCGUUAAAAAGUUAUACAUUGCCUGUAGAUCUUUCAUUUCCCCUUGGAAAAGGUUAUAAUCCAACUGAUAAACCCAAUUAUGAAUUACCAAGUUAUAACUAUAUUCCAUUUACACCCGCCGGUUAUCAUACUGUCAGACAUCCUAACGCUAACUAUGAAGAUCAAUAUGAUUUGUUGAAUCAAAAUAUCUCUUUUUAUGUUCCUGCGGUAUUUAGACCAGGAGUUUAUCAAAUGCUUCAGAUUAAUAAUUACCUACAAUUUAGCAAUCAUGGUUUAAGAUCAAAUGGUACAGAAACGCCAAAUAUGUUUCCAGCUCAUCCGCGUCCUAUAGUGAUUGGACAUGCACAUUUUGCAUCUAUUGAAACAACCCAUGAUAUCUUUCAUUUCGUAGUCGGUGGUCCUGGUGGUCAGUUUCUUUAUCCAGAUGUAGCUGCAUUUGAUCCAUUGUUCUUUUUCCAUCAUACCGCCAUCGAUCGUUUACUUGCACUUUGGCAAGCAAUUUGGGUUACGGAAAGUGUUAAUAUUAACGGAACUUAUACAGAAGAACUAAAUGCGGUGGUAAAUGAGCAUUCAAACCUAACGCCAUUCCGUAAAUCAGAAACCGAAUUUUGGAAACCUUCAACUGUUCGAGAUGCAGAAAAACUUGGAUAUACUUAUCCAGAAUUAGUGAAAUUUAAAGGUCAAGAUCCAAGAGAAUUACAAGCAUAUCUUCUUAAACUCUAUAAACCUGAUCCACAUUAUGGACGCAGAUUUUUUGUAAAAUUAAUUAUAGAUGCGGGUAAAUUAGUUGGACCGUACGUUAUUAGAGUUUUUGUUGAUUUGAAAAGUGCGUCUGUCGAAACACCAGUAACUUCGCCUCAUUUUGCUGGAUUAGUUGCCAUGUGGCGUAGACCUAAUCCUUACCAAAUUAAUAGUACUACAUAUGUCAUGGGAAGUGUCGAUAUUACAGCAGCUAUGAAACGAUUGGGAAUCCGAACGGAAAUAUACCAUGCCGCCUUCAUUAAUGAUGUUAAUGAAGCUACAGGCUUGUUAAAAUCUAGUGCAAUUUUUGAUGUUCCUAAUGAAAUUAACAUAGUUCCUUGUUAUCUGAACGGAACAGGAAUUAGUCCGGAGGAAGCUGGCGUUAAUAAGGUUGAAGUUUAUGCAUUUCAACACGAUAAAGUGAAGCCAGAUUUCUUGGUCAAAGAUAGU